ACCCACACCUUCCUAGCAUAAUAAUUUGUCUUGGUAUCUGUAGCUUCUAGAAACAAAUCAAUAGCUUAUUUUCAGUAAUUAAGACAUCUCAUUUACUUAUAUCAGUGAACUUUUACUCAUAGGGAAACGCUACUUUAUAUUAUUAUAAUAAAAGCGUUCUACAGCCACAGUUUCUACUUCAGAACUUCACACCACAAAACACUACAAAACUCCCUCGCGAUUAACAAUGGCUUCCACAGCCGAAACUACUUCCACAGCCGAUGCCUCUUCGCGACCCCGCUAUGACGGGCAGCGAGGCUCAAGAGGGAGAGGGAGAGGUCGCGGUCGAGGCGGAGCUUCGGGAGAGGCUGGUGGUGAUUCUAGACAGUCGGAGAAUCGUGGAGGGAGACGAGGGGCUCGUGGUGGAAAUAGGGGAAAUACCGCUAGCCAUGAAACUCCUAAUACGAAUACCAAUACCAUGAACUCUACAGACCUCACUGCGAAGUCCUCCGCGCAGAAGAAGUUGCCAAAAACAGAUGGAGAAACCAAGAAUGUAGAUGGUGAGCCGGUUGAAGCAGAGGUGUGCUUUAUUUGCGCCUCAGACGUCGAACAUAAUGCUGUCGCCCCGUGUAAUCAUCGCACAUGUCAUAUAUGUGCUUUACGAAUGAGAGCAUUGUACAAGACUAAAGAUUGUGUGCAUUGUAGAGUAAGUCUCACUCUGUUGAACUCGCCAAACUAGACUAAUAUCGUCAAGACGCCCUCGCCGUUUGUUAUAUUCACAGAUAAUGCGACCAAAAAUUAUGAAGACUUCUCGGACGAAGAUAUCUCAAAUACAGAUCCCAACAUUGGUAUUCGAUAUGAGAGUAAUGAUAUACAAGAGGAUACUUUACUGCUUCUGCGGUAUAACUGUCCCGAUUCUACUUGUGAUACUGCAUGUAGGGGUUGGCCAGAUUUGCAUCGUCAUGUUAGAUCCAUACAUCAGAAGAAAAUGUGUGAUCUAUGUACGAGGCACAAAAAAGUAUUCACCCACGAACACGAAUUGUUUGCUGAUAAAGAACUGGAAAAGCAUAUGAGAAAAGGAGAUGACAACCCUGGAGCGCUCGAUCAAACGGGAUUCAAGGGUCACCCUCUAUGCUCUUUUUGUGGUCAACGCUUUUAUGGCGAUGACGAGCUAUUUCUCCACUGCCGAGAGAAACAUGAAAGAUGUCAUGUCUGUGAUCAACUGAGUAAUAACGGCCAACCUCAUUAUUAUGUUGAUUAUAAUUCCCUAUCCCAACAUCUACGAAAGGAUCAUUUCCCUUGCAACGAGCCGGAAUGUUUGGAGCAAAAGUUCAUCUUUUUUGCAACGGAGAUGGAUUUAAAAGCACAUCAGUUAGAUGUUCACGGAAGUACCCUAUCCAAAGACGUCCGUAGGGAUGCGAGGACGGUCGAUAUCUCUACCUUUGAAUAUCGUCAACCAUAUGUACAAGAACGCAGCCGCGGAGGAAGUCAACGAGAGCAACGAGAUGGCCGCGGUAGAGGCAGGGGCAGAGACCCGAACGCUGAACCCUUGGCACCAUCUAGUGCACAACCUUUACGUCGUGAUGAGCAAGCUUUCCAACGGCAAAUGGCAGUACAAGGUGCUCAGGCCGGGUCAUCAAGGGCUUUCGGUGGUCAAUUGACGGCACCUACCCCUGCCCAAGCCAGUGCCAGAGCCAGUCCUGCAGAACCUUCACGAGCUAGCUCCACUAGACCUGCAGCCAAUUCUGAGGGUCUUUCUGAAGCAGUUGAUGAGAUGAACAUAGCUGCACCAGAAUUGACCCCCCAAGAACGAGCUAGGCAACUCCGACAUCGCGAAGUUGUUGAAAGAGCAAGCCGGCUUUUACAGAACGAUCAAACCAAGUUGAAUCAGUUUCGCAACUCCAUAUCUUCAUAUAAAAAUGUUGGGAUAACUGCCAAUGCCCUUAUUGAUGCAUUCUUUGCUCUGUUUUCGGACACUACUCCUGCUGCCCUCGGCACACUUAUUCGUGAAGUAGCUAACCUUUUUGAAGAUGAGAAUAAGAAAACCGCCUUACUAACUGCUUGGAAUGAUUGGCGUGCUAUAAACGAAGAUUAUCCAUCUCUACCAGCUCCUACUUCCAGUAACGGUAAUGCUAUACCUCUAGGUUGGGCAUCUGCGAAUUCCAAUUCUUCAUCUGGCCCACGAUCUAAUCGUGUGUUGAAACUCAAAAAAUCCACUGCACAAUCAUCACGCUCAACCGUUUCACAAAACCGAUCAUGGGGCUCUGCUUCAACAUCCAGCUCUACCUCAUCGCCAGCCCCAUCCUCAUCAAAUCAGUAUAACAAUCCCUUCCCCACUUUACCCUCGUCUCGUCCCAACCAAACCGAUUCCCGUAUAACAACCACACCUUGGGUAGCACCAACUCCUGCAGCCUCCUCAUCUUCAGCACCUUCGUCUGCGCCUUCUAGUCGGGCUCCGUCACGCGUGCAAACGAGGAAUGGUAAGGGCGCUGACUCGAGUGCAUUCCCAGCGUUGCCACCAGCUGCCAAACCGCAAAGUACUAUAUUUGGUUAUGGCACUGGUAUGGUAAGGAGAGAUAUGGGAGGUAAGCCCGCUGCAACCGCGUGGGGAGCAGGAAGCGCUGAAAGUAGUUCGGGGGUUAACGGAGAGGCAGAAAACGCAGAUGCUGUUCAGGGAGGAAGGAAAAAGGGAAAUAAGGGGAAAAAGCAGGUUUUGAUGAAUUGGGGUUAAGGUGUUCGUCAAUAGAAUAUUGAGUGAGCCAUGGGCUGCUAGUUUGUGGCGGUUCGAAUCGAUUGGUGAAUUAGAUCAAACAAUAGCGUGGGAUGAAACGAAAUGAGAUUAGAUGAAAAGGUUAGGAUUGAUCCUGUAUGAUUCCUAGAAAUAUUGGUAUGUAUUCCAGAAGUACAAAUGAAUGGAAUAAUUACAGAGAAUAAGGUUGAUAUUGAAUGUUAUAUAAAUGAGAUCUAGGCUCACUUUUGAUAAUACCUACAAUGUGAUGGAAAUUAAUUUGUAGAAUUGAUAUUUAUAUAGGAAGGAUGCUUAAGGUCUAUAUAUCCUUAGGUAUCUAGUUUAAAUACU